AUGCCCGAGAAGACGGCCAUAGAGCCGCAAAAGUCCACAAUGGACGUCGAGUCGGGAAGACAAGGCAUUCCACAUUGGACGAUGAUCCUUGAUCAGGGUGUCGUCACCGAAGAUGUUAAGAACUGGGAGUACGAAGGCUCUGGCACAGAAGAGGACCCUUUCGCCGUCGAAUGGCUACCAAACGACCCCCGCAACCCCAUGACGUUUACAAAGACGAAGAAGUGGCUUAUGACCAUCGCUGUCGCCAACUCCGUUCUCGUUGUUUCUUUCUGCUCGUCGGCGUUUUCUGGAGGUAUCCAGCACAUCAUGAUCGAGUUUAGCGUUAGUCAGGAGAUCGUCACGCUCGGAUUAUCGCUCUUCGUAUUGGGUUUCGCUCUUGGACCGCUCCUAUGGGCUCCCUUCUCCGAAAUGUAUGGACGACAGAUUGUUUUCGCCGGUAGUUACCUCUGCUUCAUGGCCUUCAAUGCUGCCGUUGCCGGUGCUGGAAACAUUUGGUCCGUUCUGAUCCUCCGAUUUUUCGCCGCCGCUUUCGGAUCCAGUCCUCUCACCAAUGCUGGAGGGGUCAUCGCUGAUCUUUUCAACGCCAACGAGCGUGGCCUGGCAAUGAGCAUUUUCUCUGCUGCGCCAUUCAUGGGUCCUGUGCUCGGUCCUAUCAUUGGAGGCUUCUUAGGUAUGAAUGAGGGUUGGCGCUGGGUCAACGGCCUUAUGGCUAUCUGGUCUGGAGUCCUCCUUGUUGUUACCGCCUGCCUCGUCCCCGAAACAUACCCUCCUGUUCUGCUCCGCAAGCGCGCCGAGAGGCUCUCCAAGAUUACUGGAAAGGUCUACAGGUCCCGCACUGAUAUUGAUCAAGGCAAGAUUUCCCUUGGCGAAGCGUUCUCGACUGGUCUCAAGCGUCCCUGGAUCCUCCUAUUCUGCGAACCGAUCGUCCUGCUACUGUCGCUCUACCAUGCCAUCAUCUACGGUAUCCUCUACAUGCUGUUCGGUGCUUUUCCUAUUGUCUACCGUCAGGGCCGUGGCUGGAACGAGGGCAUUAGCGGCCUUCCUUUCGUCGCAGUUGCCAUUGGCGUUGUGUCUGCCAUCGCCUACGUCAUUCUCGUCGACAACAAGCAGUACAUGAAGAAGGUCAACGAGUCCGGCAAGGGCUACACCACACCUGAGGCACGCCUGCCCAUGUGCAUCAUCGGUGGUAUUGUCCUUCCUCUCGGUCUCUUCUGGUUCGCCUGGACCAACUCGCCCAGCCUCCCAUGGGCUGCUAGUGUAUGCGCCGCCAUUCCCUUUGGCUUCGGCAUGGUCCUCAUUUUCCUGUCCAUCAUGAACUACCUCAUCGACUCUUACACCAUCUUUGCGGCUUCUGUCCUGGCUGGUAACGGUAUCAUCCGAUCCGUCUUUGGUGCCGCCUUCCCUCUCUUCACAAAGCAGAUGUAUGACAGUCUCGGUAUCCACUGGGCGUCCUCUGUCCCCGGAUUUCUCGCCCUCGCCUGCAUUCCGCUGCCCUUCCUCUUCUACAAGUAUGGAGCCAGCAUCCGAAAGAAGUGCAAGUACGCCGCGCAGUCUGAGGCCUUCAUGGAGAAAAUGCGUGGCCAAGCGGAAGCUCGUGCGCAACAAGAAGCCGCUGCUGGAGGCGACUCCGCCGAUACAUCCCGCGCCGCCACACUCGCUGUCGAAGAUGAGGCAGAACACGAUGUGUACGAUGACAGCGCUCCUCAUUUCGCUGAGAUGAAGACCGAGAAGGAGACCGAGAACCCUCUUAAGAAGGUCUCGACAGGACGCUCGACAAGGAGCAGGAAGUCGGUCAACCCUGUUGAGGAGUACUACGAUAACCCAUAUGAGAUCGACCGUGUCCACACAAGAGAGAGUUUUGCUACAGGCCGCGGGAGGGCCAACAGCACAAAGAGCAAGAAGUCGACGAAGUAG